AGGAGGGUAGAACAACAUCUUCACGGGGAGGUGCAGGAGGUGGAAAAGAACAGUGGCAUCCUUUGCAGAGCACCUCUUCGUCCAAGCAGGAUUUUCUUAACAACCACCUGAAUGAAGAAGAUGACCAAGUAGCUCCUCCGAAGACCACUUGGUUGAAGAUCCACAGCCACAGUAAACAUGGGACGAUCCCCCGUAGAAGUUUGGCCUUCCAACAGGUUCACUUAUCUUCGGACAAUUAUCAAGAAGCGGCCGCACCAGAGGACAAGAAGCCUUUACAGCAACUUGUGGAACAAAAGGACCACCGCCUCAACGCGCAGUGGUCUCGAAGGGACAACGAUGAUAAGACAGGAGAUAUCGCAGACUUGGGUCCACAGUUGUCCUCUCAAAAUAAGCCUUUGCGCUCUUCCCUUCGAGGCGCACCUCCUCGCCCGACCUCGGGUCUCGAACCUCGAGAGCGGCGUCGGGUCUCUUUCAGCUGUUACGAAGGAUAUCACCGAGACGAGAAAGCUGCACCUUCUACUACCU